GUGGUAACAAUAAGAUCAUAGAAAUACAUCAAAAUUAAAACUAAGAGUAGAUAGCAAUCUUAAAGUAAGGUAAGGAUGUCAUCUCGUCUCAUAAAAAACCUCCUUGCAAUGCUUGAAGCUGAGGAAGCAGCCGAAGGUUCCAAAUCCUCCAACAAUGGUACAUCUCACGCAUUUAACAACCACGGCAACGGAGAACAAAAUUUCUCCGGUGCAAAAAUCAACAGCGGUGCUAAUUCUGGUGACCGAAACAGACACCGCACCAACAACAAUUACCAUGGCCGCACUAUAAAUAACAGUGGUACUGUUAAUGGUCAUGGUAAUGGAGGGUUUGUUGAUGGUAACUUUGACGCAUCUACGAAGAACUACAAAUAUUAAUUAGUUCUAAGUAUUUGAUCAUAUAUGUCAUAAGUAAUAUAUAUGAUCUAUCAUAUUGUGAUGUAUGUAUUCCUAGUAUAAUAAUGAAAUUGGAACUAUAUAUAUUCAGUUCCAAUGGUUCAUGACUUAUUGUUGUUGUAUAGGAGGUUCAAAAUAGAGACAUCUAGUCGCUAUAAUAAAUCUUCAUAUAUUUUAUUAGAGAAAUGUUUAAUCUUAUUAAUGUUUGUUCAAAUCAUAGUUUUAAAUUGUCAUAGGUGCAUAUUAGACUCAAAUCGAGGCACUACUAUGUGAUGGGUUAACUCCUUGGUCUC